AACGGCUCGACUGGCGAGUUCCCCCACCGCGCGCGUCACUCGGGGUCGUAGGGGAAGGGAGGAGGAGCCCCUGUACCGUCUCAGUCUUCGCGUCGCUGCCCUCCAGCAUUCACGCCUCCCGCGUCCGUUCGGCGGCGCAGGCACACUCCGCUCGUCUGUAUACACGCACACGCGAGCGUCCGCGUACACGUAGACGCGCGUACACACGCCCUGAAUCCGGACGAGGACUUUAGCACACCAACACCUCCGCGGGAGGUGUGGGGGUGAGCCCCCAGAGGAGGUGUCAAUCCUAGCGCUGCUCAGUGACCAUCGCGGCGCCACCCAAGUAACACCUUUCGUCCGCUCUCCAGCCCCAGCCGAGGUUCGCUGCUGAGCCAAGCCGUAGAGCCCUCUCUCUUGCCUUUUUGUCGUCUGAUUUUCGCGUGCGGAUAUACGCUUGCUGAACUGUCCUCGGCGUCGUCCGGCCGUCGGACGCCGCUCGAACCGGUGCGCUCUUGCUCGCCAGCUUCUCCCGCGUCGUCGCGUACCCCCGUCGCGCCAACGAAACCGGAUUCGGCAGUGAGGUGAUCAGCGUGCGCUGGGAGGAACUUCCCGCGGACCUAGUGCACGUCAGUGAACAGUGAACCGCAGGAUAACUACUAUCCCGUUAAGUGCUUCAUCUCUAGCAGGCUCGUCCGAAAAAUCCACCGGCUCGUUGAAGAGCUCGACGGCCCACAGUGUGUCUUCGUUGAUUGAAUUAAGUGUGCUUACGGUGCUGGUGGACCGGGUGUUUACAGAGAGUGCUGUUCCUGGGAGCCGAGAGGUUCGUCGCGUAGCAAGACCGUCGCGACGCACGAUAUGUCGUCUGGACGGCUCGCGACGGUGCUUGAGGCGACCGAGAGAUCCCAGUGGGAGCUACGAGAACGUAGCCAGGACCGCGGAAUCCGCUCCUGAGCGGGCCGGAGCGACGCUUCCCAAACAUGUCCGAGAAUCAACCGAACAGUUAAUAGGUGGACGGGUCAGCUAGCCAGUGAUAGAGACAACGGACACGAGAGACGCGAUUGUAGCGGCCUGAAGUGUCGCGAUUAGUGGACAGACAGUGCGUCAGUUAGGUUAUAGAGUCCCUCGGUUUGAGUCACUCGAAGAGGAAUCUCGCGCGACUCGGCACACUCGCCCGUCUCGAUGAGAUUCGAACAAGAUACAGCGUGCAGGGGUACCCACUGCGCCAGCACUCCGCAACCCUCCGCGCUGCAGCAGCGAUCACGGGUCGAGGAGGUGGUGGAGGAGGAGGUGGACUCCUCCGCGAAGGACAUAGAAGGUCAACGGCGUAGACGAGAAUUGGAGGCUAACGUGGUCGAGGGUGCGAACACGGGGCCGAGGGCCGAGGCGGGGGGGCCUGGGAUGGCGUACCCCGCGUCAGCGACGGCUCUGAAUCAGCACUCGCCCUUCCCAACGUCGAUCGCUGGGACACCGUCCAGCAACCCCAACGGACACAUAUCCGGCGGCCACCUGCCGGCUCCAGCAGCCCCACGACCGACGGACUUCAGCGUCUCCUCGUUGUUGACCGCGGCCAACACUCAUCCGCCGAUUUUGGGCGGUUCGUCGUCGCAAGGAAGCGCCUCACCGCCACCAGGAGGACCUGGUAGUCCAGCCGCGGCACCGGAAACGCCGCCGCCGUUGCUCAGCCAGAGGGAAUUGUCGCAUCCGUCCUCGGCAGUAGUCGUGGCCAGCUACUUCAGCGCUGCCACCCUGGCAGCGGCCGGAUUCUACAAUCCGGCGGCCCAUUUGCCGGCGACCAGCUCGCCUGGUCCGACGGCGCAUCAUCUACAAGGAAAAGGAAUCCUCAGUAGCGCGCAUCAUCACCCGCAUCUGAACCCACACGGCAUCACGCCACCAGGUUUAGGCCUGGGACCACAUACCCCCGAAGAAGCGGCCGUUCUAGCGGCAGCAGCGGCAGCAUUGCACCACCAUCAUCAGGGUGGUCCUGGUGGACCAGCUAUGAGGCCACUCAGGCCUCACCUACCCCCGGGGAUGCUUCACGCGUCGCCACAUCCCCUGGCACCUCAUCAUCCGCUCGCGGGGCCUCAUCCUGCCCUCAUGCCACCUCCAGAAGAUGACGGUGUGGUGGACGAUCCCAAGGUCACCCUCGAGGGCAAGGAGCUCUGGGAGAAAUUCCACAAGCUUGGCACGGAGAUGGUGAUCACGAAAAGCGGCCGGCAGAUGUUCCCUCAGAUGAAGUUCCGAGUGAGUGGAUUGGACGCCAAGGCAAAAUACAUGCUACUGCUGGACAUCGUGGCGGCCGACGACUACAGAUACAAGUUCCACAACAGCAGGUGGAUGGUGGCGGGGAAGGCCGACCCGGAAAUGCCGAAGAGGAUGUACAUCCAUCCGGACUCGCCGAGCACGGGCGAGCAAUGGAUGCAGAAGGUUGUCAGUUUCCACAAACUCAAGCUCACCAACAACAUCAGCGACAAGCACGACUUUGUAAGUAUUACGAUAUUGAACUCGAUGCACAAGUACCAACCGAGGUUUCACCUGGCGAGGGCCAAUCACAUCUCGCAGCUCGCCUACUCGACGUUCAGGAGUUACGUUUUCAAGGAAACGGAAUUCAUCGCGGUGACCGCUUAUCAGAACGAAAAGAUCACCCAGCUGAAAAUCGACAACAACCCGUUCGCGAAAGGAUUCCGGGACACGGGCGCGGGGAAGCGGGAGAAAAAAAGACAGGCGGUAUUGACAGUAUCAGGAGGCGGUUCCCGGCUGACGGCAGGUGGUCCGGCGUCUCCCGAGAAGCGACGCUCUUCGAACUCCGUCAACGACCUCCUCGACGACGACGACAAGCUUCUAGAUGUCGUGGGACCGGACACGCCCCACCCUGGCCACCAUCAACGCGAACGCGAGCACUCUCGGGACAGGGACGACAGGACCAGUGAAAGAGAAGGCAGCGAGUCCUCGGGCUCCGAGAGCGGGGGUGGGCCAGGUCCCACGAGUUCGGAGGGGCCAAGACCCGAGGUGUCGGUGGGCCUGCCGCUUCAUCCGCCUCUGCUACCAUACCUCUAUCCGCCAGUACCCGGUCUGUAUCCCGGUCCAGGUCCCCUAAUACCCCCCAGUCACCUGGGUAUCCACGGCGGAGUGUCGCCAGGCAUGUUGUUCAACGCGCAGCUGGCCCUGGCCGCGUCUCAGCACCCGGCAUUAUUCGCGCACUACCAUCACCCACUGGCCAGUCCGUUGCAUCAGCUGAAGGGACAUCGAUACGCGCCGUACACCUUGCCAGCGCCAUCUCACGGCUCGGCGUUCGAGACCGUCACCCCUGGCAGCAGGACCCUUAGUCCCAGGUCACCACCGCCCAGGCCCCCAACCGGCUCACCAACGCCAGCGGCGGGCCUGACGUCCAGCAGCAGCUCCGCGGGCGAGCUCAAGUCCAUCGAGAACAUGGUGAACGGGCUCCAGGAGAAGAGGAGACGCAGUCCCAGUUUGACGCCAGGGCACAGGGGCGAUGCGGACGCUGGAGGGGGGAGUCCGUGACAGGAGAACGAGCCCGUGACCAGCACGAACGGCGACCCAGAAGACAAGCAGUUGGCUGAAUCCUGUGACCCUGAGAAACUCUACGGCGACGAGAGGGAGCCGGACUCGACCUCCGAGCUGUCGUAGCAGGGGAGAGGGUCGAUGGUUCGACCCGGGACCCUCUGUGCCCCAUUCUGGGACGCUUCACGGCGCCCUGGGCCCCUCUGCGUCCCUCUGGGGGACAGGCGGCGACCUGGACGAGGGACGCUCGAGACUACGAAGUGCAAUUUUACCCCGCGGACUGGGGACGCGUUCUCCAUCGGUUUCUGGGACUCGGCGCUGGGCCUGGUUCCCUGUGAGUGUAUAUAAAAUGGCCGGGGGUGGAUCGCGCGGGGCCCGGGGUCCACGGACGCUGCAUGGAUUGCGAGAGUUGGUGGUGUAUAUUACUCCGGGGCACGGAAGGGCGGGACGAGCGUGGCUGGGGGAAGAGGGGAGUCAGUGGUGGGCAGGAAGUUACCCGUUCGAAUCACUUGGGUCACCUAGCGAUACAGGAUUCGUUAAUAAUGACGACGAUCUCGUGUCAUUCGCCUCGAAGACUAUCGGAUGUCUCGUCUGUCUUGGGAGUCUUGGAUGUCUCUUAACAUUUCGCUACUUUUUCGGUUCUUUCGUUACGUUCGUCUACGUUCCUGUCGCUUCCUGGCUCCCAAUGCCAGAGACUCGUCCAAUUCUGUUCGUAUAGUUGACCGAGAAAUUGUCGGAUAACACUCGAAGUGUUUCGAAUUUUCAAAUUAUUGAGGAGCUGGCGAGAGUGGGGGUGAAGUGUCCCGCGCUAGUGACAACGGCACGGCUGCGUUCUGCCCGCGUGCGUCUUAGGUGUAAGAGAGGGAGACGUUGCAAUACAAGAGCACCUCCUAACUAUUUGCAGCCCCUGUACAUAUGUACCCUAGUGAUAUUAUAUUAUAUUAUAUUAUAUAUAUAUAUUAUAUAUAUAUAAAUAACUACUCUCUGUAUUAAUUAUUGAAUAUAAUAUUAUAUUAAUUAUUAGAGAGACGUAAACGACGCAUAAACGCACGUUGCCUGAUCACGCCACGACGCCCUCGAUAAACGAGAAUAAGGCGAGGAAACGACAAAAAUAACGCGACAAACGGCAAACUCAGUCCGAUUCGGUCCACCGACCCGCCUUUCGGUUUCGAAAUCACACCGUCGCGCGUUUUAUAGGUUAACGAAGCAGGGAGUUGAGCGUCGUUCUUCGGUCCUGUGCCUGCGCGGAUGGCGCCACCGUCGCGGACGCCGUUUCUCAGCAGGCUCCCAUGGACCAGACAUCUCGAACGAUCUCUCUCGUGGUGUUCAUCGACACCAGAGCUGGAUGCAACGACCGUCUCAGCGUCAGAGAGGUUAUAUAGAUAGAGUAGGCAAGCCAGGCGCAAAAGUGUAACCGCGAACCUAGGAGAAGUGUCAGCGUCAGCUGUUGAAUGCUCCUUAAGUCCUAUGACUCCCCUCGCCAAGCAGUGCUGUCUUAAUGUAUGGACUCGCUGGGCACUUGCCCCAUAAAUUAAGGGGCUCCAUGCUAAUGCGUGCAACGGUGAACACAUUUAUGGUAGCAUUGAUCACUGAAAUUUAUCACUGCCUGUCUUGGCAGCCGUUAGAUACUUUUUUUUAAAUCUACGAUAUCUGAACGAAAUAAAUUUAAAUAGAAACCACAGAUACUCUCGCGAUUUGUUCUCUCUUUCUUCACGUUUUGCAUUUCCACUACAGGAGCUCUGCUCUAUCUAUAUCUCUUUGCUCGGUGCACAAAAGACGCGCAAACUAGUGGCGCCUCGAGAAGACGCGGUGGCGCCACCAGUCCGGGCGCCAAAAUGGCCGCGGCGCUCAGCUCUUGUCUCUCGACGUUGUCGCUUCGGAAUAUCAACACCGUACAUCCCAAUCCGGCGCCCCUCGGUACUGUAUUUGUAUAAAAGUUAGCGAUCGAUGUAGAUAAUUGCAGAAAACGCAGAUGGAACGACGAAUAGUCGACUUUUUCGGAAACGUAGAGGUUAAGUUUUAAGAAAUCGGAGAUUCGUGACUCCGUCGUUCUUCAAAGUCGAGGGUGCUUGACCCUGCGUCACAGCUGGACCCAUCAGUCCCAUUUGUCCUCGUGAAUAACCCUUCGAACAUUGAAUACUUUGAACUCUGCUGAUAGUUCUGAAAGCCCGAACGGAAUUACAGUUAUAGAAAAAUUCAUUUGGUCGGUGAUAGCCAUAAGUGACGCUUGUGAAUAAGGGUCGGAGUGCGACUUGCGUUCGUAGAGCUUGUUCUCAGCUGUGCUUGAAAUUCUGGCCGCGUUCGAAGGCUGUUCUUCGGUUAACUUUUCCCCCCUGCUAAUCGAUACUGAUUUGUUUUAAUGAAUUUCAUUUUUAAUAUUUUAUUUUAUUGUCGAAUUGUUGCAAUGAGACAAAUCGUAGAAUCCGCUAUGCAAGUUUAUCGUUUAUUGUACAAAUUGUAACUACGUCUGUCCAGUUCUGUUGUAGUUAUUAGUGUCACUUUCAGCUGUAAACUUUCGUUAACAUUGAAUUUUUUUUUUAUAUUCUCCUUGUGUAAAUGUUAGAUCACCGUGUUUUGUAAUAUUUUCUAUGCAAUGUUGUUCUGAUUGUACAAACUACGAAAUUGUAAUGCCUUGAUGGUUCUAAUGUGUCAACACGAUUAUUAUUAAACAAA